CGGUGACACUAGUUGCUGCCCCGCACAAAAAUGGCGGCGGCGGUGGUUUCCAGUCGGACGGAGCCGCUCUUGGAGCCUCCUGUCCCGGCCGCUCUCACACCCACACUCCGGGAGGCGCUGCUCAAGAUCCUGGAGAACAGGCCUGAGGAUCCCGUCUCUUUUCUGAGCGAAUAUUUCGAAAACCUGGCGGCGGCCUCGGAGGGAGCGGCGGAGAAAGCUGCCCCGAAACAGCAGCAGGAGCUUGUCCCCAGAGCCUUGAAGCAGUUGCUGCUUUGUCACUACAGCAGACCGGCCUUCAGCAGGAACCUGGCUUCGGCUUUCCAGAUCCUCAGCUCCCCCAUCGGUAAGAAGAAGAAAGCUGGCCUGAAGGGUCGAGCCUACACCGAGCUCCUGAAACAGAUCUGUGCAGAUGCCCAGCUCUCAUCCUGCUCCCUGAUCCACAAACUGCAAUGCUGGGAUCAUGAGGCUGUUCCUUUCGGUGUCUUCAGACACGGGGUUUUAACCUGCCUCAUCUUCUUGGAGUUUGUGAAGAUUUCCGGCAGAUUGUUUGAUGUGGUUGCUGAUUCUGACGAGGCUGAUCGGACAUUGUGUCAGGUUCUGCUUGAAGCUCUGAAAGAUGCAGUCAGCAUCGGAGACUCCUCCAGCUCUGUCGGGUAUCUCGAUGCUGGCUCAAAGCUGGCUCCUGACCAGCUUGGACAGGCAAUGGAAAGAGCAUUGAGGCUCCAGAAAAAUGAAUCGAUUCCGUCAAUAUCCAAGGAAGAGUUCAUCCUGCUCACUGCUCCUCUCUUCAUUGAGAAAGUAAAACCUGUCUGUUGAUUCUCAAUGUACAAAAACAGGCAGUGGACACACUGACCACAGAAUGGCCAAGAUCCAACCGAAUAAGUCCCUCCACAGCCUGUUUCUCAUGGUGCUGGCUCAUUGUUACCUGCCUCAACACACAAUGCAUUGUUACAGAUGCAGACUGCAGGGAGGCAAGUUCCCUCGUGCCCUAUCCCUCAGAUCCCCCCUCUGUCCAGCCAUCCUGCUCAUCCCUGUGCCCAUUUUGACUUUGUUUCCUUUGCUAUGUGCUUGCUAUAGAGGCAGUUUAUUCAAUGUUCCUGCAUUGUUCGUGUUGCUUGAUGUCUCCCCACUUCCACCUCCCACCAGCCAGAGAUAGUCCAAGUCUGUGUCAGUGCUGCACUGUCUCCCUGUCUCAGACUGCAGACUGCUCUUGUCUUGUCCAGCUUGAAUAUCUGAGGCAUAAACAGCAGGAAUUGGCAGCAUAUUCAGCUCUAGGGAUUGAAUUCACACACACCCCCUCACCUUGGGGAACUGGAUAUGGAGCAGGAGUCAGAAUGCUGGCUGAUUUUGUUCUUCUGCUUCCUAUGCAAAGGGUGCAGCCCCUGACUCUGUGUUUAGGGUUCUCGCAGUAUAGUGCAGCAAUUUGAAACUGGGUCUGUAUUACAUGGAUAGUGAGCUACUGCUGCUCCGCAUUCACUUUGUUUGUCUGUUAUUGAGGAUUAUCGAGUGCCUGGUUAUAUCCUGCUUUGUAUCAGUAUUGGAUCUAGCACUUCGAUUGGAUAUAGCACUCUUUGCUGUGCUAAACAGUCAAAUUAAAACAUAACCUGAUCCAGUCACAGUUCUUGUAAUCAUUCAGUUCCAUUUCCCAUACUCAGCAGUCUUUGGACACCGUAUUCAGAGCCAGAAUGUCACUGAAAGUAUUUUGUACACAGGAUGUUCUUGGUGGAAUGCAGUGAUGUUAUUUUGUUUCAGUCUGUACCCCUGGAGCUGUGUGUCUUAAGUUGUGGUACAGAUCAGACAGCUGAGAACCUUUCACCACAGGGCAAAAAUCGUGAAUCAGCUCAUAAUGGCAACCUGGCAUUAAAGCAAAAUUCUGUUCUUAAACUAGGCACAGCCACUCUAGCCUUCAGUGAGAUUAUUGUUGAUCUGUGAUCUCACUUCAUAUGUUCAUCAUUGGCACAAAAUUCCUUCAUGGCUUUGAUUUAUAAGAUUCUAUUAACCUUGGAUUAAAAGUUAACAAUUCAUCUAGCAUCAAUUGCCAUUUGCAAAGAGCGUUCCAAACUUCUACCACCCUUUGUGUGAAGAAGUGUUUCCAAAUUUCAUUCUGGAAGGGUCUGGCUCUAAUUUUUAGACAAAUUUUUAGUCAUAUUCUCUCCAAGCAGCAGAAAUAGUUUCUCUCUAUCUACCCUUUCUGUUCCUCUUAAUAUCUUGUAAACUCAAUCAAAGUUAAUCUACUGCAUUCCAGGGAAUACAACCCUCUAAAUUAAUGCUUGGAAUCCAGGUACCAUUGUGGUAAAUCUAUGCUACACUGCCUCCAAUUAAGUCAAAUAAUUCAGAGUCUUUUCAUUCACAAUAACAACGUUUUAAUGCAGACAUUUUAUCUAGGAUGUGUACCAAGGUGGGGAAUAGUCCUGAAGUCACAACAGAGAGUGUGUCAGCAACUGCUGUCAGCUUGGUGACUGCCUUGCUGCUCUGAAGAGGGAGCUCAGAAUUGAGGGUCUUUUAUUUCAAAAAUUAUGCAUAUAUAAUACCAAGCUCCAGUGACUUGCAUUACUUGAGACUUGCUGAAUGUUUCUAAACAUGUGAAUGGAAUUAUAGACCUUGUGAUCAA